UCGUGGGAGAAAUUGUUGGUCGGAAAGGAAGGAAGAAAUGGGGGGCGGAGGAGGGAAAGAAGGUGACUGGGAGUGCAGCAGAUGCGAAAAUAGAAACUACGCAUUCAGAUCCUUUUGCAACCGUUGUAAGCAGCCUCGUCUUCUCGUCGACUGCAAAACCCCCGCCGAUUCCAAGUGGCUUCCCCGGAUUGGCGAUUGGAUCUGCUCCGGUUGCACUAACAACAAUUAUGCAUCAAGAGAAAAGUGCAAAAAGUGUGGGCAACCUAAACAGCAGCUACUAGCAUCAAUGCCAGCUGGAGCUUCUCAUCCAACUUAUUUUGCCAGGGCUCACGGAGGUGGUGGAGGAAUUGAUCAAAUAUUGCCAUUGAGCUCUAAUUGGCCAAUUGGAGGGUCUUCUGGUCAAUAUGGAUUCCAGCCAUCUUCUAAUUGGCCCUUGCCACCUACCGCCAUUUCAUAUGCUAACCAAAUAAAUCAACUUCCACCUGUCCCAAAUGGUAAUGAAUGGCGUUCUGGUGAUUGGAUUUGCUCUUGCGGCUUCCACAAUUAUUCUUCACGUUUGCAGUGCAAAAAGUGUAAUGCCCCUACACAGAUAUCAAUGCCUUCAUCUCUCAUCAGUGCUGCAGUUACAGCUCUAGGAACAAAACGCGUUGCAUCUGAAGAAUUUAUUCAUAACUGGGAUAAUAAGAGACUAAAUGCUGGACAAGAACAAACUCCAGGAUUUGGGUCAUUCCAAAGUGUUGGUGGUAGUCAAUUAAAUAGUAUAUACCCCGGGAAUAUUCCCAGUGGAAACAACGCAUACCUCCCGAAUUUGCAAGUCAACUUUCAAAUACCAAACGUACCAUUACCACCUGCAGUCCUUGGGAAAGGAGCAAAGCAAUGGCGUGAUGGGGAUUGGAUGUGCUCAAAUUGUAAUAAUCACAAUUAUGCCUCUCGAGCAGAAUGCAAUCGGUGCAAAAGUCAGAGAGAGGUGCCGCCGCCUCAAGCUGUUGAAGAUUGGACAACGAGAGCAUGGAACAUAUAGGUAGAACCACGAUCACUUGAACUGGAUAUAUGCCGAGAUCAAGCGAUUCUCAACACGAAAAUUAAACAGGAAAAGAGAAAUUUCAUACGACAUAUGUUGCUGGGAAACUUUGAAUGCUGAAACAACAUAGACAAUUGCUGGGAAAUCGGAGGAGACCGCUAAGCACUUUAAUCUUGCUAAAAACACAUCAUGCACCACCAUACACAUUGUACUUUAUAUAAAUUACUUAAUUAACUUCAUAAACUCAAAUAAAUAAAUUC